AUGUUUCAUAAUACUCUGAAUAACGACGACCACGACGACGACGACGACAUGGGUAAUAAUUCCAAGAUCACAUUACAGGUAGAGCGUGUCGCCUUAGAAGACUGGGAAGAACAGCGGCCACAAAACGUAAAAACCAAAACUGGCUGUCUGGCGUAUGGCAAGAACAAGCCCAAGCUUCUGUUGCUGGCGCAGCUCUUUUUCUGCGUAGUGGUGCCCUGUCUGACUGUGGCAUUGUGCGUGACUCAGACAAAUUUUGGGAAUGGAGUUCUGAACGCUGACGACAGCAAAAGAAAUAGUGACAGCGCGCUUCCCUCGUGGCGUCUCGAUACCCAGAAGAACUAUACCGUCGAUUUGGACUACUGGAAGUCCCAGACGCCCGGCGUGGACCGUCAUUACUAUUUGAACGUAUCGGUGGUGGCAGAGGUCGCUUUGGACGGCAUUGUGCGGAACGUCACUGUCAUCAACGGCCAGUAUCCGGGUCCGUUGAUAGAGGCCAAUGCUGGCGAUACCUUGAUAUUGCACGUUCAAGCCCAGGGCAUCCCUACCACGAUUCACUGUCACGGGCUGUUUUUCAACAAGAACGAGAGCUUCUACGACGGCGCAGCGUCCAUCAAUCAGUGUCCCAUCGACGCCAAUAACGGGACGUUCGACUACCGGAUUCAACUCGACGAAAACCAAAGCGGCACGUACUGGUAUCACUCGCAUUACGGCACGCAGCAGGCAGAUGGUGUUUUUGGACCUUUGGUAAUUCACUCAGCACACGAACGACAGCUCAUUGACGACGACUACGACGCAGAGGUAGUCGUGAUGGUCAACGACUACUACCACGAUACCGCCAAUGCUUACCUGCCAGAAUAUCUAGGGCCCAACAACGAGAACACCGAACCCACCCCGGAUAGUGGCUUGAUCCAGGGCACUAACAAUUUCAAUUACGAUUCCGCGACCUACGUCGUGCCCAACGGGAACUCGGACGAUCAGCAAACGGCCCCACAAUUCAUCCCACAAUCCCAGGCCACGCUCAAUUUCGACCCAAGCAAAAGAUAUCUUAUCCGUCUUAUCAACGCUGGGUUUUACGCACCCUUCAACUUCGCCAUUGACGGCCAUAAGCUGAAAAUGGUAGAGGCAGACGGCACUGUCACCGAGCCUUUAACCCUCGAAUCUAUCGACAUGUCUGUUGCCCAACGUUAUUCAUUUAUUUUGGAGCCUCAGGAAGCGCAUUUAUCGCAAUAUUGGAUGCGUGUAAGGUUCAAUGGUUUCUGCUUCGCUGAGAGUAAUCCUAACCUGAAUACGUCAGUGAGUGCUAUUAUAAACUACGAACAGUCAAGUAAAGCAGUUCCUGACAGCGAAAGCUGGCCCUACAAUGGUGGGGAUACACGUUGUCGAGAUUUCAAUCAAACUCAGAUCAAAACACUAAAUGGGCAGGUCCCACGAGUCGAAAAUGGCUCCACCAGGCCCGACAUCAUGAUAGAUUUGGAUGUUGCAUUUUUGAUCAAGGGAAAUCAGCUCGAUCGAGGUUAUUUCAACGACAUGACAUUUACACCACUUCCCAAUUCUUCUACCAUGAAUGAAUUGGCGACGUCACCAAACGAUAACCAAAUAAGACAUUUACAAAAUUCCCAAUUGGAAACUAGAAAUGAGGGUCAAUAUUUGAUCAACUUGGACAAGCGUGGUACUAUUGUUGACCUCAUAGUUAACAACUACGACGAUGGCGCUCAUCCUUUCCACCUCCAUGGACAUAAGUUUUGGGUUUUAGUGAGUGCUGAUCGUGGAUAUUUUAGUAAAUCCUCCUAUGACAAUGAAAAUAGCGAGAUGGACUUUUCCAACCCGAUCGAAAGAGACGUGUUGAAUGUAUCUGGUUUUGGUUACGCUGUUAUAAGAUUUGUUGUUGAUAAUCCUGGCGUUUGGCCGUUCCAUUGCCAUAUUGGAUGGCACAUGGAAAGCGGGCUGCUGUUGCAAGUGAAUGAGCUGCAAUCAGAAUAUUCGGCAUGGACACACAUUCCCUCGGUGUGGAACGAAAUGUGUCAAUCCUCCACCGACUAA